AUGUAUUUUGUGAGGGAUCCUGGUGUGGGGAUUGCAGGAAUGGAUGAAAUUUGUGAUGAUGAUAAGGUGGAUGAAAUGCUUGACCAUAUUGCUAACAAUGAUCAGCAUGUAGUGAACUUGACAGUGGUUAGGGGCACUGAUCCAAGACCUGCAGAUUUGAGCUCAGGCUAUCUGGUUGAGGAGCAGGUUCCUUUGAGCCAUAUAGGAGAGAACCCUGUGUAUGUAGUAAAUCCUUCUAGUGUUCUCUUAAGAUCACCACCAAAAAGUAUAAUACAGAGUCAGCCAGAGCCAUUGCAGUUCUACACUACACAGCAGAGCACAAACCAUGAUCUGGAUACAAAUGCUGCCAUGGACCAAUCCAAUGCAGCACAUCAGGAUGAACUGGAGACAUUAAUGGAGUUGAAGAGGAGAACAAAGAUUGCCAAAUUUAGGAAACAUAAGAUUGCAGCUGAGCAUGUAAAUAAAGUUAAGCAGAAGCUACCAAUUCUUCUAACUGAAGAUGAUUCAGAUCUGGAUGCAGAUGAGGACUAUCUUCAGAGGCUUAAUGAGAUGAGGAAGCAAAGAGAGGAUCCACUCAUUCAUUUUGAUGGAGACACUGAUGUGGGUGAACUGUAUGAGGAAGAUGAGGAAGGGCAACAUGUGGAGGUGGAGCAAGAGGAGCAGGUGCACCAAGAGGAGCAGGUGGAGCAGCCUCAGCAGCAAGAGGUGCCUACAAAGAAGAAGAAAGCUAGGAAAGGGCCAACAGAGAGGUCACAUUCUAGCUUGGAACAGAGAUUUGAGGAUGUUUGGGCACCAUCAUCAGAUGAGGAGCCAGAUCUUGGUGUUUUGAAGCAGGAAUAUGAUGAUGGAGCUGAGGAAGUACAAUUUGUUCUGCCCAAUGGAAGGAAGAGCAGAUCAGUGAGAUCUUUGCCAAGGAUCUGGUACAGUGAGGAGAGAGAGAACCCAGAGGAUCAGUUUUGCAGAAAACUUUGUUUCCUCAAUGUGUAUCAGUUUAGGAGAGCAAUUCAGACAUUGCACAUAACUCAGAAUAGGAAUUAUGAGUUCCACAGAAACUGCAAUGACAGCAUCAUAGUUGUGUGCACAAAUGCAAAAUGCCCUUUCUUUAUUGCAGCUUCUGUUGUUGCAAAUGAGACUACUUUUUGCAUAAGGAAGGCAAAUUUUGUGCACACAUGCCCAGCAGUAGGAGAGAACACCAAGGUCACUGCAAAAUGGGUUGCACACCAGUGUGAGGCAAUGAUGAGAGUUGAUAUUGGCACACCAGUCACCACAAUAAUGCAGACACUGAAGAAGAAAUAUGGAAUAGAGAUGUCCACCCAUAUGGCCUACAGGGCUAGGAAGCAGGCAUUGAAGGUUGUCCAAGGAGAUCAGAGAGGACAAUACACUAGAAUAAGAGAUUAUUUGCAGGUUGUGUUGGAUACAAACCCAGGCUCUAGAUGUAUUGUUACUACUAGGCAUGUACCAGAGCACCCAAGCAAAAACCCUAAGUUUCAUGGCCUCUUUUUCUGUCUAAGUGCUUGCAAACAAGGGUUUUUGAAUGGAUGCAGACCAUUCAUACGGGUAGGUGGUUGUUUUAUCAAGCUGUCAACAAGUCAAUAG